AGAUUGAUAUCCUUUAUUUAUUUUCAAUACUCAAAAAGUAGUUUCAAUAGAAUAGAAAAUGCCAUUAAAUAUUUUCUGUAGCAAAAUGAAAAAAAGAUCGCCUAUCUCAAUGCAGAGUAACAACAACAACUCCCUCACACAUGAAAUAGUCCAAUAAUAUUCCCUCUGUUGCUUAGUAGAUUUACAAGGCACCACAAGAACAGGUGUACAGACACAAGUGUUACAUAACGGCACGAAAAGAGUAAAAGGGCAUGACAUCAUUUUAACAGUUUGUGUCCUCAUCUUCUGUUUAUGGUACCUGCACUGAUAAGUCAAACCUUUUGUAGUGUGCGUGCAAAUGUGAGGAGGGUUUCAUUCAUAAAACCUGUCACUGAUUUCUCCCACAUGCACACACACACUAACAAUGGUGACUUCACACAUUGCUUUGCCAAUGCAGUUGUGGGGGGAUAUCAGUGUUCUCAGAGAAGUAGCAGCUAAAAAUAGUCAUAAACAGUCUAUUUUUUUUUUCAUUAUUGUCAGACUUAAAAUAAUCAGACUUUGAGAAUUACUCUUUUAUUGGAAGGUCCCUGUUGUUAAACCACUAUUUACAAUGUGCUGAUUUUAAAGUAGUUUAAGUAUCCGUUCCUCUCAACUGUCACAGGAACAAUGACAUAACAGCCUUAAAUUACAAUUAUAAAACUGUCCUUCAGUGUUAUUAUGAAACAAUAUUUAGGAAGCGGUUUACUGAAAGAUACACAGGGAAUUCACCUGCAUUAUGGUAGUACAUGGAAAAUAAGUCUCCAGCAGUGUUACAGCCAACCAAAAUAUAAUAUUGUCUCAAGUGUUUUCAAGUGGUUGGAAAGGCCUGGGGAUGGUGAAUGUCUGGUCUACUUAAAACAUGAGAUUAGUGAACACAGUAGAACGCCUGCUGCAAAAGGAAAGAUUUUGUAUGGCAUGAAGCUAGAGACAGUGAUGCACAGGAGCAUUGUAGCAGGGACAGGGCACUAAAAGCUGUUAAGCAGCAGGAUCAUACAAGUGUAGCCUCAAGGAGACCAAGACUGAAGGAAUUAGGAGAGAGAGAGAGAGAUUAGUAUGAGUGUUAAUCUUGAGAGAAAUCCAAGAAGAAUUUAACUUAUCUUCUCACAAUGUCAGUGUGUGAUGACAAAUGAGUUUUGUUUAAUGAAGGAGAGAGGUAGAACAAAUUGUGGUAACCUGUCAGUGUUUGUUCAACUAUGAAAGUGGUAUCAAUCUUCUAAUCUACCUCUCAGCAAGAAAGCUAACAAGACUGUUUCCCCAAAAUGUUUAACUAUUUCUUUAAAUCUAAAAAAAUAAAAAAAUAAAAACUUUUCUAAUAAAGUAUCUAUGGACACUUGAAGCUUGGCAUCAUUGUUUCAUGCCUUUAAACAAGAGAAAUGCAGGCCACCAUGACUAUCAUUAUCACUUUCUGAAUAACUUAAAAAUCAGUGGACCAUUCAAAUUAUUGGAAAAUGGCCUGCCAGCAGGGAUCAGCUUGUGUUCACCACUUAUGAGAUGAGUAAUUUGGUUAAAUGAGAGACAAAGUCACAUUUAAUCAGUGUCACACCGGGGUGAGAUAAUUGACUACUAAUAAUUUUCCAUAAAAGCAAAGAAAGGUCUGGCCUCAUUAAGUUGCUUUGGCCACUGACAACAGUGCAUUGUUGCUUCGCCAGGGUGGUGAAGAGUGGUGUUAAUGUUGCCAGAAACGUGACUCUCAGUGUCACAGGUGGACUGUAAACACAACAGAGGAAGAGAAUUUAAAUUAAAAGAAUACUUUUUUAUUUAUUUACCGAAUUCCAGUCUUAUUUUUCAAUGUCACACUGCAGUAUUUAUAUGUUUUUCUGUGUAUUUCCUACUAUACUGCACUGAAUGAAAGUCAGUUCUGUCAGCCAAAUGUUUAAAACAUAAAAUGAAUGAAUGAUCAACAUUCAGAAGUGGCCUAAAUACAAGCACUCCCAUUUGUAACAUUUCUUAAGCAACCAAACAGGCAUUUUUUUUAGUAUAAGAGUAAAUCUAUAAAGUAGGCCAUCACUGAAUCAGUCUGUAAAUAUAGAUAUCGAGUGUUAGAUGUUCAAGAUCGGCACAUGCCCGCAAUAUCAGGUAACUGACUUUGUACUUGCGGGGGACAACAGUUAAAAAUAGACUCACACCCCGAGACGGCUGCCUCUGCCUGAGCUCAUACUGAUGUCCUACAUCAUAGGUCUAUAUCCUCAACUACACGGCUAUGAAAAGGGGGCAUCUCCUGCAGCCAAGAUAACCAUGUGACAGAAAGUGACAGCUAGAGGGAGAUAGUGGGCCUUACUUCAAAUAGUGAGGAGCUUCACUUUGCAGGUACUGACAAUGAUAACACAAGGAUACAGUUGCACCCAGGGGAGGAAAUGACACCAGAAAAACCAGGCACAAACAAUCGGUCACUACGCAAAAAGUUGCAGUUUGACAGUUGGAGUCUUGCUGCUGACAGUCUCCCAGAGCAGCGCAACCACUAGUCCCGAUGGAUCUGUCACUCCUCUGCACAGAUGACCAAACACGGUCACCAGCAUCUCUCACAGACAGUCAGACGGGGGAUUUAGACUCUUUUUCUCUUUUACAAAGUCCCAGAGAAAACACGCUGAAUUCACGCUCUGAAUACAAGAUAGGAGCAGAGACGGAGCCAGAUCUCUCAGGCCCCGCUGACAAAUCCACUGAGACUUUUUCACGACUCUCUCAGGAGAAUCGCACGGACUCAGACUGUUUAAAGCUUUCAUCAUGCAGCUAUGAUAUGUCAGAGUGUUUGUCACUUUGCUCAGAGCCCGUACUAAAGGAUAAUGACCUCAGGGUUAACACCUAUUUUGGCUCAGCAGAACCUCUAUUACCUCUUUUACCUCACCUCUCUCAUGACCUCAUUUCACCCCCAUCUGAAACUUUCUCAGAGUUUUACAUUAAACAAGAGCCAUCCCUCGCCUUUUCUCUCAUUCAAGACAACACUACACCUGAACCUUUUGGGGUCAUGUCAUCUGUUUCUAAGGGUUUGAUGGAGCUGUCUACCACUGAGCCUCUCUCCAGGCCCAGCUUCAGCUCAGAGCACAUUCAAGCCACUUCUCCAUUAAGGUCGUUAUCACCUCACUCAGAUAGUUUAGAGAGUGACACAGCUAUAGCGCCUGUGUCAGACCUUUAUAUCUUCGAAAGUGAGACACAGGACUUUAUCCUGAGCCCCAAUGCAGAUCCCCAUGAGAUUAAAUGUCCCGAAUGCCAGCCAUUAUCAGAAACAGAUGGAGAAAAGACACACCAUGACUCUGAUAGGCACGUCCUGAUGUGUGAUUCAGCAGACGUGCAGGCAAAAUGUCAUCACAGCUCUGCUGAGGAACGGGCUGUGGUGGACUAUGAGUCAGACGUGGGCCAACAUACCUGGCUGAGUCCACCUGCUGUGGAUGCCUGCGAGGUGAGCUUGGUGUCAGGAAAUGAUGCGAGACGAGAGAAAGCAGAGGUCACUGGUUUGACCCCAGAGAGCGACAGCCCCAUCGAGCUGUGGCUGGACGCGUGCCAGUAUCUAGCAGUAGAGGAUUCAGAAGACAGGGGUGUUUUGGACAGGACAAGUCAUUCUGUGACGCAAGGAGGACUCUCAGCGACCAUGAGUGACUUAUCUUUUCUACCAGGAGAGACACAAGUGUCAGGUUACAACCCUGUUGGUAGUGAAUGGAUUGGUUGGCCAAGUGAAAACGACAGAGGUUGGGGGCCACCGGUUGAGAGGUGGUCAUCAGUGGACAGCUGGGCAACCGCUCUGUCAGACUGGACUGAGAUCAUCGCCGCCCCACCGGAGGACAUCACAGCUGCCUUCACAGAGAUAGGGGCUGAGAUAGAUGCUUUGACACAGGCGCUAGCAGAGGUAAAUACCGGUGAAGACACAGAGGCGUCUAAAGAAGGACAGAGUCAGGAGACAGCAGUGCAGGCGCAAUCACAGCCACCCAUGGGUGUCAAGGAUCAGCCCCUAGAGACACAAAACAUCCCAGAGAGCUCUGUCCUCUGGGAUGAGCUGCUUCGAAGCUGCAGGACCUGAGCUCAGAGACAGAGAGGGCUCCCGGAGCGCUGAAUCUUUGUGUGAUUCAACACCUACUGCUAAAGGAGGAAAGGAGCCAAAGGAAAUCCAGAGCAGCCAGGCUGAGUCCUUUACAUGCCCCAUUCAACCACACUUAUCCAUGGGUUCAUCCAGUGCUACGGCGGCCUCUCCUGCAAGAUAUGGUGUAGAUGCCUUCUCUGGAGCUACCUCUUUUGCUGAUACAGAGCUUUCUCAGUUUGGUGGAUAUGUUGAGUCCUUGGAGGACAUACAUUUUUAUCAGCAAUGAAGAUCCAGUCAUACUGAGUAUAGUAGAGGAUACAGAUUUGGAAGAACUAAAUGCACAUACAGAGCUAAUAAUUGGGGAGUCCCUUGGAGAUGAACUGUGUGAAGUAACAGAUGAACAAAGUAUCUCCGGGCCGGGCUUGGUGGCCAAGCAGGAAGCUAAAAGGAGCUUUGGGCCAGCCAAGGUUGAUGGUGAAGGAACCAAAUCUUCAGCAGAUCCUCAUUUCCUCACCACC